CAUCAAACAGACGCUUCCCGGGGAAGAUCUCCCUGAAAUCUCUCUACGCCGUGCCUGCAGCGCUCAUAGAUCAAUGCUAAUCAAAUAGACAUUAUCGGCUCUGGGCUGUGAGAGGUGGAGUCAGGGUGGACAGACAGGAGGAAAGGUGGGGAGAGACUGAGGGCAAGGAGGAGGCUGAAUAGUGAGGAGUGGGACAGCGCAAGCCUCGGACACCACCUGCUUUCCUUUGUCAGGAGAAGGCUUCAUCUCUGGACCUUGGAGAGGAUACAGUGUUAGUGGAAUCUUGGACUAACUGGAGCUGGUGUUGGACUAUUUCCCAGGAGAGCAGAGCAGGGCAGGGCAGGGCUGAUCGGAGUGUACAGGGAGCAGCACCCACUGGACUGGAGGAGGAGGAGGAUCUGGAUGGUGCAGGAUACGUUAUAUUCGUUAUGAACUCCCGGCUGCGUGCUUUGGGUGGGAGGAUAAACAACAUUCGAGCUAAUGAACUUCCAAAGGAGAAAAAUAGGUCAGAGGUGGCUUGCAACAUCCACUUCUUGGAUGGAUCUCAACAAUGUUUCCGAGUUAAUAAACAAGACAUUGGGCAAGUACUUUUGGACAUGGUCUACAAUCACUUGAGUUUGAAAGAACGAGAAUAUUUUGGUUUACAAAACACUGAAGAUUCUCUGGAAACACAUAGGUGGCUGGAACCAAGUAAACCUAUUCGAAAGCAACUAAAAGGAGGGUUUCCAUGCUCCCUCGUUUUUCGAGUUAGAUUUUUCAUACCAGACCCAAACACCUUACAGCAAGAUCAAACCAGGCAUUUAUACUUUUUGCAACUCAAAAAUGAUAUUCUCGAAGGGAGGUUACCAAGCCCACUGAACUCUGCAGUUGUUCUUGCAUCUUAUGCUGUGCAAUCUGAGUUUGGAGAUCACAAUUCUUCAGAACACUUUCCCGGACAUCUCUCCAAUUGUAAUUUUAUUCCAGAUCAAGACAAUGACUUCUUAAGCAAAGUUGAAACGCUACACAAGCAACACAGUGGUCUUGGACAAACAGAAGCAGAGUCAUGCUACAUUAAUAUUGCAAGAACACUUGAAUUCUAUGGAGUUGAACUGCACGGUGGUAGAGAUCUCCAUAAUUUAGAACUACUCAUUGGAAUUGCUUCAGGUGGGAUAGCUGUGUACAGGAAACAGAUCUGCACAAGUUUCUAUCCAUGGGUAAACAUUCUCAAAAUCUCCUUCAAAAGGAAAAGGUUUUUCAUACAGCAACGAGCAAAACAUAAUGAGUGCAGAGAUGAAAUUAUUGCAUUCAAUAUGUUAAAUUACCGUGCAUGCAAAAACCUUUGGAAAUCUUGUGUGGAACAUCAUACGUUUUUUCAGACAAAGAGAACACUACCUCAUGAAAAGAAGCUAGUGUCUAAUUAUUGGACAUUGAGUGCCCUAAAUCAAGCAAAAUGUGCCAGCACUCAGCUAUGCAGGAAAGUGAUUGGUGGAAUGGAAUGGAACACUGAGUUGAGAAGAUCUGUGUCUACUGAACAUCUGGAGACUAAAAGCCUUCCAUCUCGCUCCCCUCCAAUUACUCCAAACUGGCGGAGUCCAAGGUUGCGUCAUGUGAUCAGGAAACCACAACAUUCCUCUGCUGACAACCUAGCCAAUGAGAUGACCUAUGUGACGGAGACAGAAGAUGUGUUUUAUACUUAUAAAGGCUCUCCAACAUCCAAAGACAGUGACUCUGAGUUUUUUCAGAAUCGCAGUCCUCAUAGUAGGUCAUCAGAUCAGGAUUCUCCAAAGAAUAUAUUGGAUCGUAGUCGGAGAGAAAACAGCCUGACGCUCACCCAGCAAGGUUCUUUCCCAAAUUCUCCCAAUGGAUUGUCGAACCACUCUUCAUCUUCUCACCCGCUUGAAGGUGUAGAUAAAAAGUUUUUAGAAACCUAUGACAAUGUAAAGAAAAGCGGCUCCAUAGACGAUUCUAACCAGUACUACUGCGAAAAGAAUGAAUUUUCAAAUGGAGAUUUAUUAUUGGUCCGGAUUACACCAGAUGAAGAAGGAAAAUUUGGAUUCAACCUGAAGGGAGGUGUUGAUCAGAAAAUGCAGUUGGUGGUAUCCAGGAUAACUCCAGGUUCCCCGGCGGACAAAUGCAACCCUAAACUUAUCGAAGGCGAUCAGAUUGUGCUGAUCAAUGGUCGUGAUAUAUCAGAGCACACGCAUGACCAAGUUGUAAUGUUCAUAAAAGCCAGUCGAGAAUCUCAUACACGGGAACUUGCACUGCUGGUUAGGAGGAAAGUUGUCAAGCCUCUUGGGGACAUGAAGACUGAAGAUGACAUUGAUUUUCAACUUUUUCCUCCCUCAAUCCUUCCCACAUGUUCAGAGUAUGGUGACACAUUACAGGGAUCUAUGGAACAACUUGCAAAAGGUCUGGAAACAGGAGUUGUACUCAUUCAAUUUGAGCAAUUAUAUCGGAAAAAGCCUGGGCUUGCCAUUACCUGCGCUAGAACGGGUCAAAAUAUGGAGAAAAAUAGAUACAAAGAUGUUUUACCUUAUGAUGCCACCCGAGUGGUUUUGGAUGGAAGUGAUGACUACAUAAAUGCAAGCUAUGUAAAUAUGGAAAUUCCCUCAUCUGAUAUUAUUAACAAAUAUAUUGCCACUCAAGGACCUCUUCCACAUACCUGUUCACAAUUCUGGCAGAUGGUCUGGGACAAUAGGUUAACAAUGAUCAUCAUGUUAACAACUUUAACGGAACGGGGAAAGACGAAGUGUCAGCAGUACUGGCCUGAUCCUCCAGAGGUUUCAGAGUAUGGCAACUUUCAGAUACAGUGUCACUCGGAAGACUGUACUAUAGCUUGUGUUUUCAGAGAAAUACUAAUUACAAAUAUUGAGACAGGUGAAGAGCUCCCUGUAUCUCAUUUGCAAUAUGUUGCAUGGCCUGACCAUGGAGUUCCUGAUGAUUCAUCUGAUUUCCUGGAGUUUGUGUCAUCUGUAAGACAAAAGCGAAUGAAGAGCCAGCCAAUCCUUGUUCACUGCAGCGCUGGGAUUGGUCGUACAGGUGUCUUAAUAACAAUGGAAACAGCCAUGUGCCUAAUUGAACAAAAUCAACCUGUCUAUCCACUGGAUAUUGUGAGGCAAAUGCGAGACCAGCGUGCAAUGAUGAUCCAGACAUCGAGUCAGUAUAAGUUUGUUUGUGAAGCCAUUCUCCGUGUUUAUAAAGACGGAUUAAUUAAGCCGUUGCAUUGCAGUUAACACAUUCACUCAUGUAAAGUUGAAUGAGGUCCCUGCGCAACAAUAGAGCGACAUGUCUGAAACAUCAACAUGGGAAACGAGCACAUCUGUGGCACUUUAAAUUUCUGUAAAAGAUUUUUAAGUUCUGUACAUAAAGGUUGUGUAUAUAAUAUGUCAUGUAUAUCUGUUUUAGAGAGUUGUAUAAAAUCAGUUAGCACAUAUUGUACACAUAAAAUGAAAAAAUCACGGAAACAGAACAUUAGGUAAUUUCUUGCUUUGCCUUAGACAUGAUUUUAUUGGGAUAAUAUAAUUUUUCCACAUGGUUCAUGUUCUGUUCGUAUUGAGAAUAUAUUUUUAGAAUGUAUGUGGAAAACAGAAUACAGUAAUGUAUUAGUUGGUUGUAGCACAUAUUUUUACAAAAACCGUGCCAUGCAAUAAUACUUAAUUGUAACAUGAUAUACUUUGAAAGUACAAAAUCCGUCUUUUAUAAGCUAUGUAUUACUAGAGGGCAAAUUAAUUUAUUUAGUGACGAUUUGACAGCACAAUUUACGCUGCAGCAAUAGUUUGGUUCGUUUUUUUAUGGCCUCAGCCUUUAAUUGAACACAAUGAUAAGAAUGUUAGGACUGGUAUAGGUCCAUGUGAAACCGUAGUCAUUGUUAAUGUUUAAUGAUCUAUGUCUGCAUUCCCAUUAGUAUAUUUAGUUUUCUCUUAUUUUUCAUUAUGUAGGGGAACAUAGAUAUUACAAAAAAAUGUGGAAGGUUGACUUCAUCAGAUGAAAUCUAUGAUCAGUAACUUCAAAUACAAACAAAUAUAUGUUCACAUGCUCUAAAAGUAUGUAAUUAAAAUCACAAUUUAUUAACGUAGGCAUUUAUGAAGAUUAUGUAUACACGCAAACUAAAAAAGUGAAAAAUACCACCAGGUAGGGGUCGACGUAUAAAAAAAUAAUAAUAAAAAAACACAGGUACACGUAAAUGUAUCCCAAAUAACUCUAUUUGUGUUCUUGAAAUAUUAAUUCACUUGUGGCACAGUAUUAACUGGAAACAGAAAUUAUGCUGAUUAAAAAAGAAAAAGGCUUUAUAAAGCCUGUGUAAGGGUUCUUCAUGUUUUUGGAGAGGCCUGUAAAAAUGGUUUAUUAUCCACUUUGGACUUAUUUGAAAUUAUUUUGGAGCUACAUAUAGUCCAUCACAUCUGAUAUCUAAAUGAUAAUUUAAAAAGUGGCAAAAACCUACUCUGCAGCGCAAGUUACUUGAAACAAAAAAACACUCAUCUGGUGGGAAAAAACAAAAACGUGUUUAUGUGUAUUCAUUUCAUAUAAAACAGUUCAAGUCUUUGUAUAACAUAAAUAACAAUCUUCCUUUCUGUUGUCAUGUUUAAAUAGUCUGAUGUGAUCUUACAGAAUUCAGUUUUUUUCCCCCAAAAAUAAUACUAGAUUGACCAAAGAAAUAUAAAAAUAACUUUUCAAUGCUCUUAUGCAGAGUGAUUUUUGGCUGCAGAUUUGCUAAUGAGGAAUUCUUGCAAAAUUCACGUUGAUGUAGAACACUUAUAGGAUUCUGUGAGCUUCAUAUUAAUUCUACAAGAGUACAUUAACGGUUUGCCACCAUAGUCUCAUGGAGCACUAUAGAAAAUAUUAUGCAUUUUAUUGUUUAAAUACAUUCAUUACUUCAUCUCUGUUAUAGUCUUCCAAGAAUACAAGUCUUGUAUUCAAAAUUUAGAUUCAGCUGGAACCUGUCGUCACCUGUAAACGGGGUAUUCAACCACUCCUCAUUUGUUCUACCCACUCAACACUUAACUAAGAACAUCUCAGGAUGUCUUGGUAGAGGUUACCUACAAACAGAAGAAGGGGAACUGCAAUGUACCCAGGUAUGCAGGAGCCAUAACAGAUUUAAUAAUAAAAGCUAGAUAAGCUACAUAUGGUUACUCUAAAAUCCUGUCAAUUUUCUUGCAGUGGGCAGAUGCAAACCCUUAAUGCUGCAAAAAUGCUAUUUUACAGAUACAGCCUCUUGAGCUAUUAUUCACUGGAUAUAGAAACAGAUCCUAUUUGUGGAUCUUGUGGAAGUGUGCAGUUCCUUUUCAUGCUAUAUGGAGCAAAUGUAAUCUCCUACAAAAAGGCAUGCAGAGAGAUUAGGGAUAAACCCAUCCAAAAUGCCUAUACGUGACGCUUGAGAUACCCAUGUAAAUGAAAGAACAGAUGUUCUACAAAAUGUGAAUGAUGAUUAGUAGAAAAUCUCACUUCUUGUAUCUAUAGCCACUAAUGUCCUGAUAAAGACUUCUCAUUUUGAGGUCAAAUCUCAUAUUUAGGGUUUCUACUCAUCAUUCUCUGCCUUGUAAAGAAUACUGUGCUAGAUUAAACAUUAAAGAACCCAAUAUCUAUAUACAAAUCAAUGCAAUAUAGAUGCCAUAUCAUUAUAUUUCAUUGAUAAAAAUCUAUUUUUGUUGGAUAUUAGGCAAGUGGUUUGAUUUUUGUCAUUAUAUCCGAACUGUGUUAAGUUGGUCAAUUAACAUAUAAAAGUGUCCUUAAUAUUCUAAUGUGUGUAAAAAUUAAACCAGCACAUAUGUUUUAAUGAACAUGGAAAAGGUUUCAAACGUGUGUCCAUGAAGCUGAACUAUAAAAUAUUUUAACAUGGUGAAAAAAAACAAAAAAAACUAAACUUUUUUAAAUGUAUUUUUAUUUUCUAAACGAAUUACUUUAAAAUUAUGAGUAGCACAAGUAAAAUGUUUAUAUUUAUUUAAUUGCAAGAUGUAACCACAUAACUAUUUGCCCACCUCUAAGAGCACAUGCAAAACGUUUAAUAAGCGCAUUAUCUUGGGGAGUGUAUUAAGAAUCUACCCAUUUAAAAUGUAUAUAUGUGUAAUAAAUGGCUAUUUUUAUUUGAGAUUUUUUUAAAUUUGCAUUUAUUUCUUCAGCAUUGAGAAUUAGAACAUAUUUUUUUCUUAAUUUGGGAUGGAAGAAUUCUAUACAGAGUGUGGCAUAGCACAAAUGGUCUGACAAAACAAUCCUUGGUUGACCAUCCACCCACUCUCCCCUUGUACCCC